AUGACCCUGAGCUACCGCUGGACAGACGAAGUCAAAAAGAACAAACUUUUGGGAGAGAACAAGGAGAGGUUCUACGAGUCUAUACCGACAGACGACUGGCCUCAGAUCUACCGUGAUGCUGUAAUGAUGACAGGCUAUUUCCACGUCCAAUACUUGUGGAUAGAUGCACUAUGCAUCGUACAGGACGAUCCAUGCGAUUGGGAAGAGCAGGCCGCUUUGAUGAAUAUCAUAUAUGAAAGAGGGAUUCUCAACCUUGCUGCUCCGGGCCUUCACGUUUCCCGUGACCCACUGAGCAUGUUUGACUGCUUGCUAACCCGCGAAUCUGGGGAACCAUGGGUCUGCGCAAAUGUCGAGGAUGAACUGGACGUCCUUGCUCGCUUCCCUCUCUACCAACGAGGAUGGACAUUUCAAGAACGCCUCCUCUCCAACCGGACUCUGCACUUUGGCCGCCAGCUUGUAUGGGAGUGUGACGCUGGUCUUGCUACAGAGGUGUGUCCAGAACUCAUAACCACCAAACACGAUGCUACCCGCACAAUCAAACGAACAUUCGCGGGGAGCCAAUACAAGUUCCCGCCGCCGAGGAUGUUAGUUGGGGCCUUUUCAGCUCUUUGGAAGAUGGUUGUCGUGAGUUUCAGCAAAAUGCAACUGACCUACUCGAGUGACAAAGUGCCGGCGCUGCAAGGGAUUACAAACAGGCUCGGGUAUCGUCUCAGCCUGGAUCCGGCAGACUACUACGUGGCCGGGCUAUGGGUGGUUGAGUGCUCCCAGUUGUCCUGGCUACGUGAGAGCCAUCAGAACUGGCUUACAUCAGAGGACAACGAAGUGGCAUGCAAGCCUUGCAAAAAGCCCCCGUCUUGGUCAUGGACGGUGUGCGCAGAGGCUGUGAAGAUACCUGGUGGAGCUUUUCAACCGAUAGAUUUGGUGGUGCUUGGAGCAGUCCCUGUUCGCAGCCGAGAUGCCGGGCUUCGACAUAUGGUUACAGUCCAUGAAUGCAUUUCGACGGUAUUAUUCAAGGACAACGCCGCAGCACGGGAGCCUGAACCAUUCACAGGGCUCACUUUACGUGGCAAGUUCAUCCAUUGGUUCCAAAUCCAUACAAUCCUCCAACUCGGACAACGAACGCCAGAGUUCACUAUCAAAGGCUAUGUUCCAACGGAUGCUAGCAAGUCCGGUUCAUUCAACAUCAAAAUUAUCCUUGACCGUCCAAUUCCUGAACACAGUUCACACAAAGGCUUGAAGCUGUUGCCAAUCCAUUGCAAUCGCUCGCAAGGCAGCAGUCCCGACGAAAUGUGUGGCAUUCUUUUGGCAUUCUUGGGCUUUGAUGAGGGAAUGGCGCUCUAUCGUCGGCUAGGCCAGUUUCAGGUCGUGGAUUUGGAAGGCUCUCCGUCGUGCUUUUUGCGGUACUUCCAUUUACCCCGUGAGCGAGGAACAGCAGAAACUCAUGAAAUGCCGGUUGGUUUACAACAGGAGUUGGAUGAACUACCACCUUUUAAGGUUAUCUAG